UCCCAGCCGGCUGGUGGGCAGGGAGGUGACGGUGGCUUUGAGCGUACAAUGUCGUGGUGGAGAAAAGCGGAGGAGGAGGAUAAGACGGAGGCAGCAGGGGAGGAGGCUGAGCAGCUGGAAGGGGCGGACGAGGACACGGAGGAAGAGAACACGGUCUCCUACUCGCCCUUGUCUCCUCAGAUGUCAAGCUCCGAGCAGGUCCCUGAGCAGAACAAAACAGAGGAGACCUGGCUCUGGGACUGGCUCUCCCCCUUCUCCCUCUUCUUGGGGCUGAACACGCAGGCAGACAGGAAAAGGCUUCCCGGCAACAUGUGUCCUGAGUGCGAGAUCCUGUUCUGCAGGAAGUGUGAGGUGUUACACUACAACCAGGGUUUCAUAGAGCACUGCAUCCUGGGCCAUGGCCAGGAGGAGCCAGAGGGCAGGGGCUCGGGUCUCACCAGCCCCAUUCGGAGUACAGAUUCCAUCAACCUGACUGUUGCUUCAGGGGGAGCAGAAGAUGAAGAAAUAAAGAGAGAAUGAAGUCGCAAUGGUAAAAACUUGUCUUUGUUCCCCCACAAAUCACCUGACUGCAGACAGGCAGAAACUACUUUGGCAUCAGCAUUCACUGGUCCUUGCUCCUAAAAAAGGGUGAAGGGCUGCGUCUACCACUUACCUACCUGUCCCAUGUGCUCUUCCAGAACCCACAUGUGGCCAGUAGUGAUUUUUCAGUAGGACGUUUUUUCAAUUAAACACACAUUUCCACAGAACGCAUCUGUUGUGACUCCA